AUGUAUUGGCCAUUGGGUGCGCGUCAUCAACCAACAUCCCCAAUUGUCUUCAUCACUUCACCAUUCACUUUCGAUUACCAGCCAAGAUCCUUGGGUGAUGGCAGAGCGUCAAAUAGUCUCGAGAAGGCUCUCGCUAUAGUCCGCAACUCCCGCCUCCAACAUCCCAAUGACCAAAUCCUAGAAUGUUUCCUACAAGACUCCGUGAACCCUGAAGCGACUUCUCGAUACGUGCUUGAGAAAUACUCCGACGGCCCAGAAGGCUUCGAUUUAACGUCGCUUUUAUCUGACUGGAAGGAGCUAGUUGGAAGUGUCAUUGAACAGUUCUCACAGCAAAACACCGCUAAGGAAGACGUCGUAGUUAAUGUGACAAAGAGAGAUAACUAUACAUGCCGUAUCACAGGACUCAAAUCGUCCUUGGUUGAUCCUCUAAUUGUUACCCCGAUCUUUCCCGUAGUUCAGUUCUCCGGAGAGUCUCUGCAAGAGCUAUUUGAUCCUUUCAGUGGCUCUGAUAUACAAGAGCAGAUUCAAGCCAAUGACGGUCGCAGUUUUGGCGUCCAGAAUCAUUAA